UAUGAGAUACAUAGAUUGGGACACCGAAGCCUUUGACUCUUGUUUUUAUAUAUACCAAAUCCGGCCAACGCACGUAAAUUCAGGGGAAACGGCUUCUCGGAUUGUGCUCCACCUCAGCCCCUCUCCUACUGUGCGUGUCACCUUGUUGGAGCCCAAUCACAUUCACAACCCAAUUAUUGAUUGAUGCUCUCUCUCUCUCUCUCUGUCCCUCUCUCUCUACAUGGGUUUUCUGCUCAGAAUCUGAUCUGGGUUUUUCCCGACUCGAUCAGUUCACUUCUCUCUCUGCUCGAUUCUCUUGCUGAUUGAUGGAGUGCGAUUGAUUUUGACUAGGUUUAUCUUGGCGAUUUUGUUUGUUUGAAGUUUCUGAGCACACUACCAGGUUCAGAUUUUCUUCUGGGAUAGGACCAUCUAAGGACAUUGGAAAGUGAAGCAGGAAUAUUGUGGUAUAAGUUCAGAAAGAGAAAGGAGAUCAGCGAACUAAACACUGAAGAAUAAGACAUGGCUCCUGGAGGAAGUGUCUACCAAGAUGUUCUUGAGUCUCGCACUGCAUUUGCUGAUUAUGGUAUAGCACCUACAGAAAUGGAAUUCAGAAAUUCUACUUUCAGAAAAUCGGCUUCUGUUGGUGGUGGGAAGGUUGGUGGAAUGGCAUCAAAUAGUGCCGUACAUGAGCUACUUGAAUGCCCUGUUUGCCUAAAUCUAAUGUACCCUCCCAUUCAUCAGUGUCCCAAUGGCCACACUAUAUGUUUGAACUGCAAGACUAAAGUACACAAUUGCUGCCCAAUUUGCCGGCAAGAGCUUGGAAACAUAAGGUGUGUGGCUCUGGAGAAAAUAGCAGAAAUGCUUGAACUGCCAUGCAGAUACCAGUUCUUGGGUUGUCAAGAUAUAUUCCCUUACCAUAGCAGACUCAGGCACGAGCAGAAUUGCAGGUUCCGCCCAUAUAAUUGCCCUUAUGCUGGAGCUGAAUGCAAUGCCAAUGGUGAUAUCCAGUUCCUUGUUGCGCAUCUCAAGGAUGAUCACAAGGUUGACAUGCAUGAUGGCUGUACGUUCAACCAUCGAUAUGUCAAAUCCAAUCCCCAAGAUGUUGAAAAUGCUACAUGGAUGUUGACAGUUUUCAACUGUUUUGGCCACCAGUUUUGCUUGCACUUUGAGGCAUUCAAUAUAGGAAUGGCACCUGUUUACAUGGCCUUCUUGCGGUUUAUGGGGGAUGAUCACGAGGCCAAAAAGUUCAGUUACAGUUUGGAAGUUGGUGGGAAUGGGAGGAAACUAACAUGGCAAGGAGUUCCAAGGAGCAUUCGUGAUACUCAUAAGACAGUUAGAGAUAGUCUGGAUGGACUGAUUAUCCAGAGAAACUUGGCACUCUUCUUUUCCGGUGGUGAUGGGCAGGAGCUGAAGCUUAAAGUGGCUGGCCGCAUAUGGAAAGAGCAGUUAUAAAUCUAUAGAAUGCUAUCUAUAAAAAUCAUGUGGUAACUAAAGACACCUUUCUUAAAACAAUAUUUUUGUUUUUAAAAAUUCUGAACUUGUUAUGGGUCGGCGGAGUGUAAAUGGGUUGGAUUUCUAAAAGAUUUUUUGGUUUGUAGAUCAAUUGGAGUUAUUACUGUGCAGCUAGCUUUGUUCUGGGAUCAUGUUUCUAUGGUUAUUCAAGAUUCCUAAAACCUUUCUUUCC